AAGAAACUGCUUGCGUCUUUCCUGAACAUGCCGGAUAUACUGAGACUCCAUAAUGCGCUGAAGAUGCAUGUUAGGACCCUCACUCUGAUUGCCUGAAAUAUUACGAUCCCCUCAAGAGAUCAAUGGACAAUUCUGCUGUCCGAGGCCUCAGCGAGGCGUUCCUUCAAACCUUGAGCAGCCAACAGGACGUCAGGAAGAAAGCGGAAGAAAACAUCAAGACAGCCUCGACACAAGAUGGAUUUGCUCUUGCAGUCUUACAGGUCGUUUCCACCGAUGCGCCGAUAGAGAUACGUCAGGCGGCGGCUGUCAACUUCAAGAACUUUGUCAAGUACAGAUGGGCACCAACAGAAUCGGUACAACAACUCAUGAAAGACGCAGAAAAGGAGCAGAUCAAGAGCCUGCUGACAGGCUUGAUGGUGUCCACCCCGCCGUUGGUGCGAGCACAGCUGAGCGAGGCGCUGUCAGUCAUCUCAAGCUUUGAGUUCCCGGCCAAGUGGCCAACGCUGCUACCGGAGCUCAUAAGCAGGCUGGACUCUGGGAAUGCCAGCACUGUCCAUGGAGUCCUUGAGACAGCCAACUCCAUCUACAAACGAUACCGCAACCAGUUCAUGAGCACUGCCCUGUCGGAUGAGCUCAGUUACUCGCAGCAGUUUGUGCAGCCCCUUUUGAAAAGCUUCCAGGGCAUCUCAGCUCAGAUCAAGGCGUCAUCAGGUGACCUGGAGCAGCUUCGGCUGGCGCUGUCUAGUGCACGUCUUGUGCUGCGAAUCUUCUUCUCUCUGAACUCACCUGGCUUGACGGAGGACUUUGAGAACGUCUUGGACACUUGGAUGGAGGAGUUUCACUUCUUUCUCACCUAUGAUAACCCAGCUCUUGCCGAGAAAGACCCCGACAAGGAGAGCAUUGUGGACGCUGUCAAGGCGGCUGUCUGCCAGAACAUCAACCUGUUCAUGGAGAUGAAUGAGGAGGAGUUUGCAAAGUACCUCGGCACAUUCGCCCAGGAUGUCUGGACGCAGCUCACCCGAAUGACUCUCAACCCUGGACAGGACAAUUUGGCCAUGAGCGCUAUCAGGUUCCUGACCACGCUGGUCAAGGGAGUCCAUCAUGGCCUCUUCCAGGAUGAGAAGGUCCUCCAGCAGGUGUGCGAGCAGAUAGUGAUUCCCAACAUCCGGCUGCGGGAUGACCUGGAGGAGAUGUUUGACAUGAACUGGGUGGAGUAUGUGAGGAGGGACACCGAAGGCAGUGACAUGGACACCAGGCGGCGCGCAGCCACUGACCUCGUCAAGGCUCUGACAUCCAAGUUUGAAGCCAAGGUGACGGAGCUGUUUACUGGAUACGUGGGGGCUCUUCUGGCAGAGCAUGCGCAGAAUCCCACCGCCAAUUGGAAGGCCAAAGACUGCGCCAUCUACUUGGUAGUGGCCCUGACAGUGCGCGGCCGCACUGCUGCCCAGGGUGCCACCACCACUAACCAGCUUGUGAACAUCGGAGACUUCUAUAGCCAGCAGAUUGCACCCGAGCUGACAUCCUCGGCUGUGGAUGAUCUGACGAUCCUGAAGGCAGAUGCCCUGAAGUUCUUGACCAUCCUGCGAGGCCAGCUGCCAACUCCAGUGAUCAUGGCAGCCUUUGGCAAUCUGGUUGCGCUGCUGGGGUCGGACUCUAAUGUCGUGCACUCAUACGCAGCCAUCGCUAUUGAGAGGCUCUUGGCAUCGAAGGAGAAUGGCCGCCAGCGUUUCUCGGUCAGCGACCUGCAAGCGCAGCUGAUGCCCUUGCUGAACAACCUCUUUGGGGCCUUCCAAAAGCCCGAAUCUGGCGAGAACGAGUAUCUCAUGAAGACCGUCAUGCGUGUCAUCACGUUUGUGGGUCCAGAGAUUGCUCCAGUGGCUGCGCUGUGCUUAGAGCGGAUAGCCGCAAUGCUGCUGCAAGUGUGCCAGAAUCCAACGCAGCCAGGCUUUAAUCAUUACCUCUUUGAGUCCGUGGCAGCGCUUAUCCGGUACUCAGCUGCUGCAGACAUCAGCAAAGUGGCUGACCUGGAAAGCAACCUGUUCCCAGCUUUCAAUGUUGUCCUCCAGCAAGAUGAGUUCCACCCCUAUGUCUUCCAGAUCUUUGCGCAGCUGAUAGAGCUGCGCACAGCGCCUCUGCCGGAGCUCUACAUGACCAUCUUCAAGCCGCUGCUGGCCCCUCUGUUCUGGGAGCGGCCAGGCAACGUGCCUGCGCUCACGCGGCUGCUGCAGGCCUACCUGGUCAAGGCUGGGGCCCAGAUCGCGCAACAGGGCUUGCUGCAGGGGGUGCUGGGGAUCUUCCAGAAGCUGGUGGCCAGCAAGGCGCAUGACCAGGAAGGGUUCAGGAUCCUGGAGGGGCUCAUCACGCACAUGCCCCCGGAGAGCCUGCAGCAGUACAUGCCCACGGUGUGGUCGUUGCUGUUCCAGCGGCUGCAGGCGGCCAAGACGUCGCGCUUUGUGCGGGGCUUUUUGGUUUUCCUGUCGCACUACAUCGUGCAGCGGGGCCCGGGCGCGCUGGCCGCCAGCGUGGACGCGGUGCAGCCGGGCAUCCUGCUGGUGCUGCUGCAGCAGGUGUGGCUGCCCAACAUGGCCUCCGUGCGCGGCGAGACCGAGGAGAAGCUCAUGGCCGUCGCCACCACCAAGCUCGUGUGCGAGUUGCCAGCCCUACAGACGGCGGAGGGUGCUGCGCUGUGGGGCCAGCUGCUAGGCGGCCUGCUGAAGGCUCUGGAGCAGCGGAGACUGGAGCAGGAGAAUGGGGUGGGCGAGGCACCUGAAAACCACGAGGACGUAGCCGAGGAGAACCAGGGCUAUGCGGCAUCUUUUGCACAGCUCCACAACGCUGCCCCAGUUGAGCGCGAUCCAGUGUCGGAUGUGGCAGACGCCAAAACAAACUUAGCAGCCUCACUGUCACGGCUCUCCCAGGAUAGCGCCAUUACUGCAGACUAG